CUGGCAUCCAUAAUGAAGCAAUGACAGGUUCUGUCAUCAUUUGGCACGAGAUCAAUUGCAAAGUCGCUGAUAUUUGAUGAUCCUAUCAAAUAUUUCCUAUUUUUGGAGUAGGGUGUACAUACCAUGAUUUGUGUCCUACCACGAGACCUACACACGGCGACAUUAGUCGGCAGGGAUUGGUGAUCCACUCUGCAAGGCGGCUUUGCGACGUGAUGAUCAUUUUCCAUCCAGAGGUGAGUUUCCGUGUGAGUCAUGUGUAAAAUCCUUGUGUUUGAGAUUGUAAUCCACCACGAGACCUACAUACGGCGAAAUUAGUCGACAGGGAUUGGUGAUCCACUCUGCAAGGCGGCUUUCCGAGGUGAUGAUCAUUUUCCAUCCAGAGAUUCAUGAUCGACAUGUAUAGCGACCGAUUUCCCUUCCUCCUACUCAGCCUGGGACUCCUCCUGGCGCACAUUUUACAUGGUGCUCUUGGAAUAACUGUAAAAAAUAGCCUCAGUAAUUCACGUCCACGCCUCGGCGAAACGAUAACGUUUGAGUGUAACAUUGGUAUUGGGACCGCCAAGAGUGUUUCAUGGUACAAGGACAAAAAUGACACGCGAAAAACAGUUUAUUUGACGCACAAUUGUAGUGUUUUCGCAGACAAGUAUAAAUCAAGAUUAAAACAAGUUCAGUGUGAUACGCAUAAUUAUAAUUUUCAAUUAAGUGAUGUUCAAAUUUCGGACCACGGGAAAUGGCAGUGUGAUGCAGAUGGAGUAGAGGCCGAACCAAAGCUGAAAUUAGAUGUUUUAGUUCCACACAGCGUUCAAGUCAAAGUCAGCAAGCCGACUGUUACCGAACAUGAAUUUGUGCGUUUUGAGUGCCUCACCAGUGGGGGCAACCCCGAGUUUGUUACGCGGUACCAGUGGCUCUGGAAGAAAAGUAGCUCCACCGAGGAACAAGUCAUCCAGGACACCGAAACCAGCACACAGAAUGGAAAGUAUUUGGAGUUCACGCGUAUCCCAUACGAUGAGAGUGGGACAUACUCUUGUAAGGCUUCGAAUGAUGGUGGAAUGGGACAGGCGUCGACAGUCCUUAAUGUACAAUACUCUCCAAGGAUAGACCCGGAAGCGAAAAUGAAAUAUGAUGUGGCGGGCGAAAUUGGCAAGGAGGCAAUGUUUGAACUGUUUAUCGUCGCAAACCCAACUCCAACCAAAACUGAUUACACCUGGUCCAAGGAUGGCAAUGUCCUAUCGAGAACAUCACCGGAUUAUGAAAUAACUUCCGGGCCAACAUCCAGCGAGUUGAAAAUCAAGGACGUCAAAUCCUUGGAUUAUACCAACUAUUCCUGUUCGGUUAAAACGAGUGCAUUCCAAGCCACGAUUUUCAACUUCAUGCUUAACAAAGCAGCGUCCUACACAAGUGACUUAAGCAAUAGUGUAUCAGUAAACACCAAAGCGUCCAACACAAGUGACUUAAGCAAUGGUGUAUUAGUAAACACCAAAGAAGCAACCCAUAGCUCGAAAGAAACAAACAAAACUUUUAAAGUUGGCAUCGGUUUCAUCGCUGUAGGGGGCUCACUGGUGGUCAUCAGCAUUGUCAUCGGCAUCGUCAUAAUCGUUAUCAAACACAAGAAGUCCAGUGGCAAAAAAAAGGGUGAUGAUCAGGAAUCGCAAGACAAUGUGGUAACUGGCCAGUCAGCCCUAUUAGGAGGUCAAGUCAAUCAUGCGAUGCGUCUCCCCCUUCCACGUUCAGAAUGCGACCCUAAUGAAAAUCGCAAUCGUGCAAAAUCAAAACUCCGAACGCCUGAUGUCGUGUCGGACACGAAUCAGUACGUCGAGAGUGCUCUCCACGUGCCCGUCGGCAAGAACGGGAGUCAGAAGGAAGUUCGCCCGACAUUGCUCAGGCCGACACAGCCAGCUAGUCCUGCUAAGGAACAUCUAUACGAGAAUGUGAAAAGGAAGAUCCAGCCACAGCAAAAGAGUGGCAGUGGAGGUGUACCUAAGCAAAUUGGAGUGGACGGCACAGUGUACGCGAAACUUUCGUUCCAACCUGCUAAACACGACCAUCCAGUAGGGCGGACUGAAGAGCAAUCACCAUACUCAACUGUCGAUUUCAGCCGAAAGGCGCCGCCUUUGGAAGAGGAAGAAGAAGUACUUGUGCAGUACAUUACUUAGUUACAAAAUUAGUCUUUGUGCAUCUUAAUCUCCUGGUGACACAUCAUACACACGAACUAAUCAUUGAAGAUUUCCUGUACAUGUGUAUCUGGCCCAUUGAAAUAGGCUCGGAUGCAGCUGUACAUCGAACCUAUAUGCAAUCAAACAAUCAGGAAUGUACUUGUUUCAAAUCUGUUUCUGCAUGUAAUUGGAUUUUGUUUGCUUAGAUGUACAGUGCUUAUAGAAUAUGCGCUGAUUAUAUUUUCGGUUAUAUAUCACGGCAAAGCUCAUUUAAAGGGACCACCUGGGCGAGGGGUAACCUGGUCAGAAUAAUACGCCUUCUUGCCAUUAUGCGUCGCCACUUGUAGUAGCAGACUGAUGCUGAUCUCUAAAUAUUAUUUUCGUCUGUGUAGCAAGGCAUUUUUGAACAUGGCUUGUGGAUUUCAGGCAGGCCUUGGCUUACACCCUGUUCUAGUGCAUUGUUUACUGCAGUUCAAUGAAUUUUUAAUCGCCUUUGAACAUUCGGUUUUCUUUUUUGUUCAUUUGAGUUUUAUGUACAUAAAUGUAUCACUCAGUGCUUUUACAUAUUUGUUAAUAGGUUACAUGUGCAUACAUGUUGAUCAUGUUAUAAUUAUAUAAUCAUGUAUAUGUAACUAGACACAAGAAGUUUGCACUAGAUUUGGCCAAAGGAAAAGGUUUGUAAAAUGAUGAGUUAGGUUCGGAAAUGACUAUUUUGGACACUUUUGAGAACAAAAUGGUUUCAAGAUUGAAAUUCCAGGGGUAUUGCCUCCGUAGCCUCCAACGCGCAUUGUCUGGAACCUGAGCAAUGUCAAUACAUUGAGGUUCAAGAUCAAAUUAUAUGCUUGGAAGGAACUUGAGAGUCAGAAUGCAUUGACUUUAUGUGAAAAGACCAUUUUAUGAAUUACGUUUUGCAUUUCAAAUUGAACCGGAUUGUCAAACAUUAUAAGAAAAAACAACUCAGAAAAUUCAGAUACGGCUUUGGUCUCGUUUUGGAGACAAACGCCUGCGCUUCAUGUGACGGCAACAACUCUGGCUCGGUGACUGUUUAAAGCUUAGAAAUCAUUCAAUUUACAUUCAAUAUACAUGAACAAGCAUCAGUCUAUGUACAUGUACAUGUAUAUCAUUGUAAAAUUUCGGUAGUUUCAUGGAUGGUUUCAUGGGCAUGGUUUUUAUGAUUUUGGAAUGUUCCAAGGUUAGAACCAACUCCGAGAUACAGGUUUUUGAUACUCCUAUUAUACCUCUUAUAUAAAAAUUUGAGAUAUCGAGACGCGGAGUAUAUUGAACACAACUGGUGCCAGGAUGACGACGUGCCGGUUGUUCACUCAUCUAAAAAUCUAAAUCUAAUCUAAAUCUUUCCAGUCUAGUGACUUUCUGUUAAGUUUAUUCAAGAUGUGAAGGCCUCGUUUAUUAAGGGUUUUGUUCAUGUUCGUUAUAAUUGUAUGUAUUUUGUACCUUGUGAUGUUGGUAAUUAUGUAAUGGAUAUUUUUGUGUUACACGAAAAUCAAUCGAUGCAAACGAAAUAGAAAAAAAGGCACCAAUGUAAAAUAUUACCCGGUGAUUUUUUACUUGUGUGUAUGGAAAAUAUGACAUCUUAGAUAGUUGCAUUAUUUUAUUUUUCGUUUCAUAAGUGUGCCUGUCAGUUGAGUUUUAAUUAAGGGGCAACUUAUUGAUGUUAUUGAGUAGUAUCAUUUUAGAUAUUUUGUUGUAGACAUUUUGUUACUUGUUACACGGGUUUUAAAAACUCUGGAAUUUUUUUUAUUUUGUGUCAGUCCGAACGAUUCCAAAGACAGUAUUGGUAAGAUAUUAUCCCUAUGGUUUGUUAGGUCGUGAUUUCAAGAUUUCGAUACUGUCAUUGUAAUUUGAGAGGAAGAUCAAUAUGAUAAACAUAGCUCUUCUAAGCCAGUUUUUCAUUAAUUAAUCAGGCACUUCAAUUGAUGGGGACCAGUACCUUUGUUAAAAAAUGCAUAUUAUGAAAGAACAUUUUACCAUUCUUGUAAUAGUUACGAAGAUUCUAGAAAUCAGGUUAUUUGAGCUACAUGUCGAUUAUAUCAGAAAGGCACAUAUGGUAUGUGCACUUCGACAUUGUAAUCUGGGUAGUGUUACUUUAUCAUUCUACAUGUACCUCAAAAAAGCACUGGUGUGAAAAAAAGACUGGCACAUCUACACAUCACUGUAUAUAAUGUACAGUUUGUAAGGGUUGAAGUGAGCCCCUUCUGGUUGCUCCUUGAAACCCCUGAUUGAUUUCUGUGGAGACCAGGGUAAUAAUACAGUAUCCAAAAAACGCACUGAACAGGGAAACAUGGAAAAGCGCUAUCUAAGAACUCAAUAUUAUUAUCAUUAUUAAUAUUAAAUGCACACGUUUACUGUAGUAAUCAGAUCCUGCCGAGCUGGCUUUAAAAUCAGGUUGGGCGUUUUUUCAGAAAAAAAAAGGAACGAUCGGCCCAACAACAUCCAUUCUGAGAUUGAUUCCCACUUAAAGAAAUCCAGUCGUGGCACAAGUCUUUAUUAAGACUAGCUGAACGUGGUUAAAAUAACAAAAUUUGUAAUUAAUUCUUAUGCAGCUCAUUGGCUACAUACUUGAGGGAAACUCGAAACUGCAAACAUUCAUCAAUGGAAGCCUUAGGUUUUAACCGGGCCGUUCAAAAAUCCCAAUUUCUAUAGCGUUUCGCUAUAGGUUUCCUGUAACAGCUGAGUGCAACGUCGGUGAUAUGUUGUUAGGAAGAUUAUAUUUUAUGAAGAUUUCGAUUUUUGCGGAUCUGUUUCCGAAAUAAAACAUUGAUUGUAUUUUAACACUGGUUAACCGCAUGCAAUAAACAUGUGU